CUUAGUAUGAUCCGUUAACUGUUAGUUUCACUUUGGGUUUUGGCGGUUCUCAAACAGUUCUCAAACAUGCAGCAGCAAUGUCACAUGGUCAGCUUCUGUAUAUUUUUUUUGUUCUUGGAGUCUUUCAGAAAGGUCUAACAUCAGUGAUCCAAACACAGCAGACUGUGGUGGCAGCAGUGGGACAAGAGGCUCAGUUCAACUGUCAGCUCCUUCAAUCCAAACAGGUCCUGCAGGUCACCUGGCAGAAAGUCAUACCUGAUGGAGAGAAGAAUCUCGGCACCUGCAACCAAUUCUUUGGCCAAACAGUGAAUGACGAAUUCACAGACAAAGUGGAGUUCAAAAAUGCUUCUAUGCAGAACUGCUCCAUCGUGGUGAGGCGGGUGACGCAGCAGGAUGAAGGCUGCUAUCGAUGCUUGCUCAUCACCGUCCGUGGAAGCUCUGUGGCAGGAAGAACCUGCCUCCAAGUCUACGAGCUACAUGAACCCGUCCUCCGUGUCCGAGAGUCCAACUGUGAUGGAGAGUCCGUUGUGUCGUGUUCAGCCACAGGUCGACCUGCUCCCACCGUGACUCUGAAUGUUACACAGCAACACCUGAACUUCUCACACCACGACACUGUCAGCGUCAACAACAAUAAUACAGUCACUGUCACCGUGACGGCAGUGCUGUCAGGUUUCCGUGGCAACAGCACUCAGGUUGGAUGUGCAGCCCGAGUGCUGUCUGGUCCUCAGAUGGAGGCGUUUGUGAUGAUUCCUGAGGUGAAACCGACUGAUGGGUCAGAUGACAAAUGUGGACCAAAUCGGAGAGGUUUCAGAUGGCCUUUGAUCAUUGUGAUCAUUCUGGUGGUGGCUGUUUGUUUUGUUGCUGUGAUCAUGUCAAGAAAAAAACCUCAGAACAGGAACCUUGAGAUGAAGGAGGUGAUUCAGGACAAAGACACUCAGAAGACUGAAGAACCUUCAGUUGCUCAAGAUGACAGUGAUGUCACAAAAUGGACACCUACUAAAACAAAUCAAGAAAACAACAUAAAACCGUCAACUUCAGCAGCAAGAAAACUUUAUUUUGACCUGUGUUGACUCUGGUGACACUAAAUGGCAACAGGACUGUAGGAACAAGUUAAACCUGAUCAAAACUACAUCAAAACUUGAAGCAUUAAAAUCCUGGUGCUAAAAUUAUCAUGUGCAAUAAUGACAGUGGGAAAUGUACAAUAGAAUUAUGUGUAAUAAUGUCAGAGAGAUAUAUGUAGUGGAGUCUUGUGUAGCUGUGACAGAGGAUAAGUGCUGUAUAACAAUGUGCAGCAGUGAUAGAGGGACAGUGGUGUAGUGGUCCCUGGAGAAGUGGGUAUACUCUUAAUUUUCACCUUUCUUUUUUAUUAGUCCAGAAAAACGCCCUCUUUUAGAAACAGUGACAUAGACAACUACUCAAUUUAUUCAGUCAUUUCUACUUGCCCACUAUUAUAAAAUUAUCAUGACUUGUUUAGGAGCAGUUUGUAGUUAUUACUGGUCACACAAGCAAACUGGAUUAAUGUAGCAUGUAUUUAUCAUGAGGCAAACAUGGUGUUUCAGUUACUUUUGAACAUUUAUUUAAAUAAAACACUUCAAAUAUGAAGUUGACAGUGCAUCCUUGUUCAUAUUUCAUCAUGAAUAAAACCUCAAUAUUGUUUUAAGUCGAAUCUUAAACUACCUGUCCCCCAUUCUUGUGUUUUUACUUACUUAAAAAUCAACUACCAGCCUAGAGGUUUUCCCACAUUAUCCCAAUCUAGCUAGCUUCAGACUUACGUUAGAAUAACGUUAGCCUUUCAAAACGGUAGUCAGACUCGGCCCGACACUCAGUUUAACUCGUUGCGCUUCAGUUGCGCUUCAGUGUUCCGCCCACGGUACACUUUGAGAUCUGCAUAAGCAAUUUGCUCAAUGUCUGAAACUGCAAACACGAUUAUACAAACACUAUACGCCGAUGGAAAGCUUAGAUUCUCAUGAAUCCGCCGGUAUAAACCACUUUCAGAUGUGAUUACCACAGCGGGUAAUAUAAACACAUUUGUCCGACAAACAACGAAUAUCCAUUCAUCCCUUCUCUAUACACAGCUUCAACGUACACAGCGCGACUCACAUUUUCGGGUUCAUUAUUACACAGAUGAAAAUAUUCCACAAAAAACGGCCAUAAUCCAACCUUGGACAUCCAGAUGACACAAGCCAGUAAGAUAUUUUGUCCAAGACAUGUCUUGAAGACGGUAUAAAAUCCACGAAUAGGUUGUUUUCAAGGAAAUGCACCUCGCGAUGCGCGUCCAAUAUUCCCUGUAUUUCUCGUCAUAUUUUUAUUUACAAAUAAAAUAUUAGCGAUUUUUUGUACUGAAAAUGGCUGGAAUUGACUGUACCUUCUAGGGCUACUUAUGGCUUUGUAGCUUGCCUUGGUCCCCAGCUUUUAUCGGUUUGUGUGCACUUUUUCUUUGUUUGUAUGCCUUUGUUCAUUUAUGUUAGGGUGACCAUACGUCCUCUUUUGCCCGGACAUGUCCUCUUUUGAGAGGCUGUCCGGCCUGUCCGGCCGGCGUUUAUAAAGUCCUUCAAAUGUCCGGGUUUUUGAUCUUGCCCAGCUUGAGCGCGUCACAGACCAGUGUAUUUAUCAUUCACGUUGAAUGGUUCCUUUGGAAACACGCUCUGAGAGGCGGAGUUUGAGCCGAGGCGCUCCACACUCACUCACUCCUCGCAGGCUGACAGGCAGGUAGGCACACUGCGAGAGAACACUCGAACCGAAAGAAAAUGCCGAAACGCAAAUGUCAUUUCACUGAUGAAAUGCGAAAAAAGUACCCCUGUUUUCGUCCGGGUCGUGUCAAAUGGGAGGCAGAAUGUACAGUCUGCAAAGCUGGGACUGAUGUCUCUGUAGCUAAUAAGAAAAGGAAAAAGAAGGAAAAAAGGACUGUUGAGUUGAGGCAUUAUUUCUAUCUUUUUUUCAUUUGCCAUUAGACACAUUAUUUUGAAGAAUAGGCUACCUCUCUUUUUUCUUUUUGUUUAAUAUUUUGAGGCAUUAUUUCUAUUUUUACAUAAUUGAUAAUUGGGAGGUUAUUUUGAAGAAUGGUACUCUACCUCACUUUUCCUAAGUAAGGUGUAAGUGUCAGACUUAAGAGAGAUGAUUAUUUCUUAUUUUGUUAAACAUCUGAAUACAUGUGUUCCUACACAACUUGAGUCAAUAACUAUUAAAGACUAGAGCAUGCCAUAUUUGUAUGUGACUGAUUAUAUUGUUUAGGAGAAUUGCUUUAAAUUAAUAAAUAUAUUAUUUAUAAAGCAACUGUUUGUGAGUGUUUUGGGCUAUUUUUCUGUAUAUCCAGGUAAAGUGUUCUUUUCUGGGGAAUUCAGAAUAUCUGUUUAACUAAGUUAGAAGCACAGAAAGCCACCUGACCCACGGAAAACCCCUAAAAAUGGGGGGUGAAAAUUUUUCGCGUGCAAGCUGGAAGUGUGUCCUCUUUUCAGAGAAACAGAAUAUGGUCACCCUAAUUUAUGUUAUUUGUAAUUUUUUUUAGCCUGCUAAUGGGACUCAAGACGGCCGUAUGGCUGUAAUCUGUCACAUUUAUGCUUAAAUGUUCAUUAAUGCGAACUGUCCCUUUUGAAUACAUAAAACAUACAUACAUGUAUAAGGCUGCACUCAAACACCAAACACAUUCCAAUAAAGUGAAUAAUAAAGGGUUCUGCCUAAUAGAUAA